AUGGCGCACACUGACGGCGACGAGAGAGAAGUUGAGCGUGCCAUUUCCCGGAAUGACGUCGAGGAGCAGGAUCUGGAAAAGAGAGAUGAGCGAGCACAAUACCUGGAAGUCCCGAGAGACACGAGAAGAGGAGGACGAGGCAGGAGUCAAGACAGUACACGGUUGGAAAAGGUCGAGUCGACAGUGACCGAAGCGACCGAAGCCAGUUCUGCUGCCUUUGCAUAUCAGACCGAACCUGAAAAGCUACCAUGGCGUCACAGAAUAAAUCCGCUCCGUCGGAACCCUCCGCCUGUACCGGAGGAAAGGACAGUGUGUCGAGAAUACAACGCGAGCUUCCUCAGCCUACUCCUCUUCCAGUGGAUGAAUCCUCUCAUGAUCACGGGCUACAAGCGGCCGAUUGAGCUGAACGACAUCUGGCUCGUCAAUCCUGACCGGAGCGCCACCACCAUGAGAGACAAACUGUCGGCCUCUUUCAAACGUCGUGUUGCACGAGGGGAACGUAACCCUCUCAUGUAUGCCCUUUUCGACACUUUCCGAGGCGAAUUUCUACUUGGCGCCAUGUGUGCUCUAUUUUCUGCCCUGUUCCAAGUGUUUUCCCCCUUCACCACUCGCUACCUGAUCCAGUUUGCCACAGAUGCCUGGGUCGCAGAUAAAUUCGGCGGCAAAUCUCCCAGCAUUGGUCAUGGCAUCGGCCUGGUCAUUGGCAUCACAUUUAUGCAAAUAUGCCAGUCCAUGGCGACUAAUCAUUUCAUCUACCGUGGCAUGAUGGUUGGAGGAGAGUGCAGAGCAGUGCUGAUCAACGCCAUUUUUGAGAAAUCUCUGGUAAUUUCCGGCAGGGCAAAGGCUGGCGGAAAGGCGAUCAAGGCCGAUGGGGUACCGGAGACGGUAGAACAGACCGAAGAUGAGAAGCACGAAGCUAGGUCGACUCUUGCUCGCGUCCUAUCAAAGCGACUCACUCCCAAAGGUGGCCCGAAAGUUACACCUGACAAAGCCGCUGGGAUUUCCGGAGACGGGGUCGGCUGGAACAAUGGCAGAAUUGUUAAUUUGAUGAGCGUCGACACUUAUCGUAUUGACCAAGCCUCCGGCCUAUUCCAUAUCCUGUGGACGUCGCCCAUUCAAAUCAUUGUCGUCUUGAUUGUGCUGUGUAUCAACAUUGGAUAUAGUGCUUUGUCAGGCUAUGCCCUUCUGGUCAUCAUGCUUCCCGUCCUGACCAAGGCCAUCAAGUCGCUCUUAGCCAGGAGGAAGAAGAUCAACAAAGUUACGGAUCAGCGUGUGGGUCUGACGCAGGAAAUUCUCGGCUCUGUGCGAUUUGUGAAGUUUUUCGGAUGGGAGACGAGCUUCCUGGACCGAUUGAAGGAGCUUCGAAAGAGGGAGAUCAGGGCUGUCCAGAUCUUGCUCUCCAUCCGAAAUGCCAUCAACGCGGUCGCCAUGUCGAUGCCAGUGUUCGCGGCCAUGCUGGCUUUCAUCACAUACUCAUUGUCCGACCACAGCCUUGCUCCGGCACGCAUAUUUUCGUCUUUGGCCCUCUUCAAUUCGUUACGGAUGCCCUUGAAUCUUCUUCCUUUGGUUCUUGGACAAGUAACCGAUGCCCAGACGGCGGUUCAGCGUAUUCAGGAGUUUCUAUUGUCUGAAGAGCAGGAAGACGAGAUUGUGUGGGAUGAAGAAAUGGAGCCUGCAGUCGAAGUGCAGCAUGCCUCCUUCACCUGGGAAAGGACCGCUAACCAAGAUAUGGAGAGGGCAGCCACAUUCCAGACGAAAGGCGAGCUUAUGGCUGCGAAGAAGGCCGAGAAGGACAGGAAGAAGGCUCAGAAGAAGGCUGAAAAAGCAGCGAAGAAGAACAAGAAAUCUCCUGGGGCUUCGAACGAUGACAUCGCAAGUGAGACUACGGAGGUGGAACCCUUCAAGCUACACGACAUGGACUUCACGGUGGGCCGAAAUGAAUUGAUCGCCGUCAUUGGCACGGUCGGCUCGGGUAAGACUUCACUUCUGGCCGCUCUGGCGGGGGACAUGCGCAAAACAGAUGGCAAGGUCAAGAUGGCAUCCUCUCGAGCGUUUUGUCCACAAUAUGCUUGGAUCCAGAAUGCCACUUUGAAGGACAACAUACUGUUCGGGAAGCCGUACAAAUCCAAAUGGUACAGGGACGUUAUCGAUGCGUGCGCCUUGAAACCCGACUUGGAAAUCCUCCCGGCAGGAGACCAGACCGAGAUUGGCGAGCGAGGCAUCACUCUCUCGGGCGGUCAGAAACAAAGGUUGAACAUUGCGCGGGCGAUUUAUUUUGAUGCAGACAUCAUCUUGAUGGAUGAUCCGCUCUCUGCUGUGGAUGCCCAUGUUGGUCGUCAUAUCAUGGACAAGGCAAUCUGCGGUUUGAUGAAGGAUAAAUGUAGAAUCCUAGCGACCCAUCAACUCCAUGUUCUUUCCCGGUGUGACCGAAUCAUCUGGAUGGAGGACGGUCAUAUUCAGGCCAUCGAUACCUUUGACAACUUGAUGAACACGAGUGUGGAUUUUCAAAAAUUGAUGGCCACGACUGCUCAAGAGGACGAAAGUGCAAUGGCGAAAGCAAAGGAUGAAGAUGCGAAUGAGGAGAAGCCUGGAAAGAAGACCAAGAAGACCAAGCCCACAGGUCUGAUGCAGCAAGAAGAGCGUGCUGUCAAAUCGGUGAGCUGGUCUGUCUGGGGAGCAUACAUCCGUGCAUCAGGGUCUCCAAUCCUCUGGCCACUCAUAUUCAUCUCCCUCGUCUUAUCCCAAGGAGCCAACAUAGUGACCAGCCUAUGGCUCAGUUGGUGGACGAGUGACAAGUUUGGAUUUUCCGAAGGCGUCUACAUUGCCGCAUACGCAUGUCUAGGACUGUCCCAAGCGGUGCUCAUGUUCGCGUUCUCGACUCUUCUCUCCACAAGCGGCACCAACGCCAGCAGGGUUAUGCUGCAAAAGGCCAUGACUCGAGUUCUACGCGCACCCAUGUCCUUCUUCGACACUACUCCUCUCGGCCGCAUCACCAACCGGUUCUCCAAGGAUGUAGACUCGAUGGACAACAGUUUGACCGACGCCAUGAGGAUGUACUUUCUUACCCUGGCCAUGAUCACCUCGGUCUUUGCCCUCAUCAUCGCAUACUUUCACUAUUUUGCUGUGGCCUUAGGGCCUCUAUUUGUCUUGUUCCUGUUUGCGUCAAGUUAUUACAGAGCAUCAGCACGGGAAAUCAAACGGCACGAAGCUGUUUUGCGGUCGACAGUCUUUGCACGAUUUUCCGAGUCUAUCUCAGGAGUGGCAUCUAUUCGGGCAUAUGGGCUACAAAGCUUUUUCGCGACACGAUUGCGGGAUGCCAUCGAUCAGAUGAACUCGGCAUACUAUCUGACGUUCGCAAACCAACGGUGGCUAUCUACGCGACUCGAUGCGAUUGGAAAUAUGCUUGUCUUUGUCACUGGCAUUUUGGUGGUAACGGAUCGUUUCAAUGUGAAUCCCAGCAUAGCGGGUUUGGUUUUGUCCUAUGUUUUGGCUAUUGUACAAAUGAUCCAGUUUACUGUGCGGCAAUUAGCAGAAGUGGAAAACAACAUGAACGCCACGGAACGCCUGCACUUCUACGGCACUCAGUUGGAGGAGGAAGCACCACUGAAAGGCGCGGAAGUGCCAGACAACUGGCCUCAAACGGGAGCAAUCACAUUCAACAAAGUCGAGAUGAGGUAUCGAGCGGGGCUGCCGCUCGUUCUGCAUGGCUUGGAUUUCCACAUCCGAGGCGGAGAGAGAAUCGGCAUCGUCGGUCGUACCGGAGCUGGCAAAUCGUCCAUCAUGGCGGCGCUUUUCCGGUUGACAGAACUCACGUCGGGACAGAUCAAAAUUGACGACAUUGACAUUUCGACUGUAGGCCUUUACGAUUUGCGGUCACGUCUCGCCAUCAUCCCACAGGAUCCAACCCUGUUCCGAGGCACUAUCCGCUCAAACCUGGAUCCGUUCAAUGAACACUCAGACUUGGAACUCUGGGCUGCGCUACGAAAGGCUGAUCUCGUGGGAGAGGAGAUGGCGACAUCGGAGAAGAUUGAUCGCCCCGACACUGCACGAACUGCAGCCACAUCGACGUCGAACGUGAACGCCCCUACUGGAGCUAGUCGGUUACAUCUCGACAGUCCUGUGGACGAAGAAGGGUUGAACUACUCACUAGGCCAGCGGCAAUUGAUGGCAUUAGCUCGAGCCCUAGUCCGCAAUUCACAGAUCAUCGUCUGUGACGAAGCGACUUCAUCGGUCGACUUUGAAACUGACGAGAAGAUUCAGCGGACCAUGCGGACUGGGUUCGCCGGAAAGACGGUGUUGUGCAUUGCUCACCGACUGAAGACUAUUAUCAACUACGACCGCAUUUGCGUGAUGGACCAAGGACGCAUUGCGGAAUUGGACACUCCUAUCAAUCUUUUUGAGGCCGGUGGCAUUUUCCGGAGCAUGUGCGACAAAAGCCAUGUCGUGCGGGAAGAUUUCUUCAGAGAGUCAUAG